ACAAAAUGAUCACAUCGUAUACGCCACUCAUUUUAUCAGUUUUCCUGUAUACAACAUAUCCUAUACAUCACAGUGAAGCUGCAAGAAUAACAUGCAAAUACGGCGAGCAAAUACUAUGUGGAAGCGAUGGCUUCACUUACAAUAACAUGUGCGACUUGCGAAUUGUACAAACCGUUCGACCUAACCUCACUGUGAAGCACAUGGGAUCAUGCAAGGCAAGAAAUGGACGCCUCUUGGACACGCUGCUAAAAAUCAUCGAACUUCAAAAAAACAUGGUUAAAGAUAACGCUCUGAGGAGUAAAAAACAUUGGAUUCCCAAGACACCCUAUUGUAAAGAGGUCAAAGUGAAAUUAAAUAAAAGACAAAAAAGUGAUUUAACAAGGAUGCUUUUAUCACAAAUGACAAACAUUCAGGAAAAUAUAGGUGCGUUCGAGUUUUCAAAUAAUACAAUAAACACCCAAGGAACUGAUUAG